AUGGCGCAAACUCGACAUCCCCAACAGCAGCAGCCGCCGCCGCAGCAGUUUUCUUCUCAACCGUUCUCUCCCCCCGUCUCCUCGCCUUCUCCCAACUCAGCUUCCCCAGUGAAUGGAGGCGUUGCACCUCCGCCAUCUAAACGACCUCGCUUGUCGCCUCUUCCACCAUCACAGACACAGUCUCCCUACGCCUCCCCUAGCUUUGGCACGCUGCAACUACCGCAAACCCAACCCCCUAUGAACGGAGCACCCAUGAACCCCAUGACUUCUACGCCUGCUGCCCCUCCUCCCGCUCCCCCCGGUACUAUGGGGCCUCCUUCGCGUCCAGUCGACAAGACCACAGAUGCCGCAGAACUAACGGAUGUUCUGGCCUCGUCCGGCAUUGACGUUCGGGAGGAAGAAGCUUUCCUCACGCGCAGCUUCUCCGGGACCAAUGUGCAGGCGCAACCUCCCCCGCGAGGUCAGCAGCCGUCUGGUCCGCCGCCAAUCAAUACUUCUUUCACGUCCCAAACCUCGACCAUCGGAACAACCUCUGCCUCAUCCAGUUUCAAUGACCUUCCCCAGAUCAAGCCAGCGAUCAGGCAGGAAUCGUUUUCGUCUGAGCCGGCUUCGCAAACUCCCGUUCCAUUCAAAGAUCCCAACGAAUCAACACGAGAGGAUAGUGAGGCAGCGAGGCGAGGACAAUACCACCUGCAAGAGCCUUUUCUGUUGACGAAGCUUCUUGAGCAAAAGCUACAGAAGCGAGGGUUUGACCUUGGUGUUCGCAUCCCUUCGGAGGGCCUUUUUCAUCCUGUUCCUGGGCAUCCCCAGCCUAUUGAAGUGACAGGCCCUGAUGGGUCUUCUGUGGUGCGCACCGGGCAAACAAUCCUCAACCAGGAGGGUGCACCCUUGGUUGACAUCCUGAACCUGCUGUCUCUUUCGACCGAAGAACGACUACGAGGGGUGGUGGACUAUUCGUCGACGCUCUCUCGCAGUCGCCGUGCGCAUUCUCAUGGCGUGGUUCCUGCGGAAUGGGAGGAUGUCGCACAGCCUUUUGGCCCGAGCACUGGCAAUGCCGCGACACCUUCAAAGCGUCCUCAUGCCUCGAUGGAAGGCUCAGCCGCAACCCCAAUCGCGGACACGUACCGAAUCCUAGUGAAUCGGGAGGCCACGCAAGAGGAGAAACGCGCGGCCAAACGCGCCAAGCGUAACGCCAAUGCGAUCUUGGGCGAGGGUGCAGGUAAUCGAUCUGACUCCGCCGAGGUGGCAGGAUCGGCACCGUCGACUCCGAUCGCCGACAGGGCGCCCAGCAUUGACAAGAAAUCCAUGACUAAGAAGGAAGCAAGGAAGAUGGUGGACACGAAGGCCAGCGAAGCCCAGCAACAUCAACAAUCUGUGGAGACGGCACGAAUGGCCACCAAUAGCAUGCUGUCGGGCCGCAUGUUCGGGACCAAGAAAUCCUAUUCAUGGCUGAAACCGGGUGGCACCUCCAGUGGCUUCUCGUCGCCAUCGCGCCCCAAUCCUCAGACUCCCACCGCCGGACCCGAAAAGUCCACUCGACCUGGGGAGGCUGCCCCCGGGCAAGCCAAGCGACGUCUCGGGGCCUGGCGCGAAGAUCAGGAGAAAGGAGCGGGAAUUCAAGUCCGGGACAUUUUGUUCAUGCUGGAAGCCGAUGGGCGGGCCACCAAGCAUGUGCAAAAGGGCUAUGCCAAAGAUCCGAAGGAGGAUCGCGUGGGCUGA